AGGCCUGGCUGGGGCCGGAAGCGGCGCGAAAGUGCGAUUAAAAUGGCGGCGGCGUGAAGUUGCAUGUUGUUGUGGGGGCCCCCCCGCUGAGUCCGUUGGGAGGAACCGCCAGUCGCCGCCCCCGCUGCCCCUAGCCCGCUCGCCAUGGCGGUGACCGUCACGCUGAAGACUCUGCAGCAGCAGACCUUCAAGAUCCGGAUGGAGCCUGACGAGACGGUCCGAGUUCUUAAGGAGAAGAUUGAGGCUGAAAAGGGCAAGGAAGCUUUCCCGGUGUCAGGCCAGAAGCUUAUCUAUGCUGGCAAGAUCCUGAGUGAUGAUGUCCCCAUCAAGGAGUACAAGAUUGAUGAGAAGAACUUUGUAGUGGUGAUGGUCACCAAGAACAAAACAGGCUCGGGAGCAUCUGUCCCCUCACCCAGUGAAGCAGCACCCACUUCAGAGUCCACACCAGCCGCAGGACAGACGCUCCCCUCUGCAGCAGCCACACUUUUGCUACCCCCACCAGCAACUCCAUCAAGUGAGGAAAAGCCCUCUGAAGAAUCAGUGACUGUUUCCCCUCUGGAAUCCACAGUUGGCUCUGUUCCCUCUUCAGGUAGCAUGGGAUGUGAAGAUGAUGCAGCCUCCACCUUAGUUACUGGUUCAGAGUAUGAGACGAUGCUGACUGAAAUAAUGUCAAUGGGCUAUGAACGAGAACGGGUGGUAGCAGCACUCCGAGCCAGCUACAACAACCCCCACCGGGCUGUGGAGUACCUGCUAACGGGCAUCCCAGGUAGCCCAGAACCAGAGAGAGCCCCCAUACAGGAGAGUCAACCCCAAGAGCAGUCAGCACCAGAAGGAGAGAAUCCUCUGGAGUUUCUGCGAGACCAACCGCAGUUCCAGAACAUGCGGCAGGUGAUCCAGCAGAACCCAGCCCUGCUUCCAGCCCUGCUCCAGCAGUUAGGCCAAGAGAACCCUCAGCUGCUGCAGCAAAUCAGCCAGCACCAGGAGCAGUUCAUCCAGAUGCUCAAUGAACCCCUGGGUGAAAUGGCUGACAUUGCAGACAUUGAAGGAGAGAUGGGUGCCAUUGGGGAAGAAGCUCCUCAGAUGAAUUACAUCCAAGUCACGCCUCAGGAAAAAGAAGCCAUAGAAAGGUUAAAGGCCUUGGGCUUCCCUGAGAGUCUGGUGAUCCAGGCAUAUUUUGCCUGUGAGAAGAAUGAGAAUCUGGCAGCCAACUUCCUCCUGAGUCAGAACUUUGAUGAUGAGUGAUAAAGCAAAAGAGUUUUAUAUAAAAUUCUCUAUAUAAAUAUUCGUUUAUUUAAAGGGGCACAUAUUUGGGUAGGGUGGGGGGUGGUGGUAUGAUUUUAGAACAUCCCUGGAGGAAUUGCUGGCUGGAGGGAAAUACUCUACCUUGGAAACUGGGCAGUUGGGGAAAAAGCAGAACAAACGGACAUUCUCUUUCCCUCCCCCGAAACAGCCACGUUUGAGCACAGCUGCAUCCCAUUACAGUCCUGGGACUUGCAAGCAGGAUGUUCAGGGAAAGGUUGACACAGCAGAUGGGUUCUGUUGGACCUUCUCCCAUCUGAGCUGAUUGCGUGUGUGCAAACAGAUUGCUCUUUUGUUUGCAUAUUCCCCCCUCCCCCUGCCAGCGCACAGUGCCACAAUGCGUAAAUAUGUCUGUGCCCAUCAGCUAAUUCUGUCUGCAGACAUAUUCCCUUCCAUUUCUGCCAUUGGCUUUUGAAACAAGCCCAGUUGACCAUCCCCAUUCCAAAGCACUGCUGUGCUAGGUGCGUAUCCUGCCUUCUGAUGAUCUUGUUGUUAGAUUCUGCCUGUGUGGAAAGGCUGUGCCAUGGUAGAACAAUACCCUGCCAUGUUGCACACAAAUGCAGCAUGUUUUCUUAACCUGGUUCUGUCUGUCGUCCUCUGUUAAGCAGCCACCCACCUUGUACUUGCAGUUCCCCUGACACUGUUUUUAAACUCAAAAGAACCAGACUAAAAUGAACUGUGGAAAUCGGGACUGGGGAACACUUGUCUUUAGACCCAGCCAGUCUGUCCUCAAACACUGGGGUCCUUUUGCUUGGCAUCAGACAUUUCUGGUCAGCUGCUCUGCAGAAUCAGAAGUGUGGCUGAACUGCCUAUAAAAUCUAGUUCUUGGGGUUGCCUGAAAAGGUUCAACGGCCGUGUAAUCCAUUGCUCAGAACUGUUUGAUCUUGCAGCUUUUAACACCUAAGAUCUCAGAACCUGCAAAUCUAAUGCAGUAGCAAAAAGAAUAGAUUUUUACAAAUAAAAAUUAGCAAACGAGUCUCUUAAAAGUGACUUUUUGAAGCAAAUGUCCACUGAAUGAACCCAGCUUUUAAAAUUUCCUGUGUUGUGGCAGUUUUAAAGAAACUAAUAUUUUCUAGUAUUAACCUGAUGUUACCUGUUAUUUGGAAACAUUAUUGUAUUUUAAGAAUUUUUCUCUCAAAGAAUACCCAGUAGUAUUGAGGAUACAAAAUCUGUGUUAGACGGGGGGGUGGGGGCCUUUUUUAAUUUUUGGGGAAAGUUCAAAUUGAUUUAUUUCCACAAAUUAUUUAUUGGAAAAUGUGUAACAAGAAAGAUCCUGUUGUGAUGUACCUUUUUGAAACUUGAGUUGGACUGACUAGGCAUUACCAUAUCCUGAUUGAGCUCACAAAGGAGCUGAUCUAAUUCUAGCCUUGUCGUUCCCUGAUAUCCAGUGAAAUUUACCUUUAACUCUAAAAGGACAUGUGCAAAACUGCCCGUCUAUCCCGGUUUAGACCAUCUUCCACCUCUAUGUGGGGGUGUUCAUUGAAGUUGUUUCUGGCUUGAACCUCAAUAAAACUCAGUUAUCACCUGUUAACCCCCCAUUUCCUUUGAUAAACCAUGAAACUGACUGUUGCCUCUCUGUUCCUCCCCCUUCCCAAACCCUGUCUGGGAGUCCCACUAUUUCCUCAGCACAUGCCCACUGCAAAGAGAUCCAGAGUAUUGCCUCUAUGCCUCAAAAAUAAAUUCUGAAGCCAUAAGUUACUGCUAAAUUGUGUGAUAUUGUUGUGUGGCUAUGACUGACAGUAUGCAAUAUGUUUUGAAUAAGCUAAACUAAUUUUGAUUUCAAGCUUGGAAGUGUGCCCUGUGGUUAGAGAAUGGGGUGUGAACAAGGCCCAAAGGGGUUAGGAUCACUUGGUCUGAUAAGCAAAGCUGCUUUCCUGGCGAAAUUAACCUGGAUAAGCUGCAGGAGCAUAUUUUGAGCAGUUCCCUAGUAGCUAGCAGCUUAGGCUACAGUUUGUGGUUGGGUUCAGGGACCUGCCUGAAAGCUCCCGAAGAUGGCUGUCCUACUUGACACUUGAUUUGGCAUAGGCAUUCAGACAGCAUCGUGGAAUCCUCGGGUAGUGGGGUGUGUGUGCAUGCGUGUUUGCUUGUUUGGAUCUGAACUGCCCACUCCAAGUUCUUAACUCCCCAGCUUCUCCUCUGUCUCCAAUCAAAGACAAUGCUCCUGCAUGCUUCUGGCUUUCUGUAGAGCAGUGGUAGUUGAGGUGGGUUGAUGGGGUGCUAUGUUGCCCACGUGUAGAACGAAUGUUGAAUUCUGUGCCUGAGAAGCUUAGUUUCCUUCAGAUGAAAAAAAGAAAACAAACCUCACUGCUUCUAGGUCUUUAAGGCGGCAAGGAAGAGGCUUGAAAGUGUGUUCAGUGGCUGGGGAAAUCCCAAAAGCCUGGGAGGGGAGAGGGACUAAGUAGAAUUUCCAGGGGGGCACCAGUGUUUGUGUAACUCCUUGCCACUCUACAUGACUAGCAAAAGCAGAAUAAAUGCUGCAAAAUAAGCAAAUAGACAUGAUUGAUGGGUUUGCAAAAUGUGGCACAGAAUUUUGACUUUAGAAUGAAAUCUACCACCAUCUUCUGGGUGCUGAGGUCUCUUUUUGGGGGUGGGGAUGGAAACUAUAGGUGUGUAUUUUAUCAAACAUGGGUGGAGAAAAAUGUAUUUUCUUGGCGCUUGCAAAGAAAAAUUUGACCAGUUCUACUGUACUUGCUGGGCCUGAAAUGAACAAAAGGUCACUACGGCCUGGUGACAGACCUCCAUUUCAGCUCGGUUCUUGUUCAAGAAAUGGGAUAACAGAAUGCCCGUGUUCAUUUUGGAGGCCCUGUCUGAAUUGUGCCCUCUGAUGCAAACACUGGCGUGUUUCACCUUCAACUUCCUGUGUUGAGGCUUGGAGAGCAAUAUCCAUGCCUCCUCUCUGUCUCUGGUUGAAAUGUUUUGGGCGCUGUGAAUGGAGUGAAAUAAACAAGCUGUUGAGGCCACUAAGUGGCAGGAAAGGA